CUACUACCUACUUAUCAGUGAGAUCGGAUAAUCCAUCAUAAUACUGAUUAUUAGAUCCAAUGGCCGAAGACAUCGAUCAGGAAGCUCUCCAACGGGAGAUUUCUGAUCUGGAGAAUCGACUGAAACAUGCCAAGAGCCUACUAAAAGACAAAGAUACAUCUCACAAUGAGAACAAGCUAUACAACCAACUGACCCGCGAUGGCCUUCAAUACGCCCAAUCAACACAUCCUCUCCUCUUACUCUCUGAUUCUGCCUUACCACUAGGCUCAUUCGCCUAUUCCAGCGGUUUAGAAUCAUAUAUCGCGCAUCACAAACCUCUACCCCGCUCCGUGACGCCAGUUGCUUCCUUUCACCGUUUUCUGAAGCUAUCCAUUGCCUCUCUAGCAAGCACAUCUCUUCCAUAUCUCCUCGCUGCGUAUCGGGAACCGCACCAGUUGGACGUGCUAGAUAAUGACCUGGAUGCAUCGACACCCUGUACUGUCGCGCGGAGAGCUAGCGUAGCGCAAGGAAGAGCUCUGAUUGGAGUCUGGGAGCGUGCUUUUCGAGGCACAUAUUCGCAAACGGCGCGAUUAGCAGGAAAUGCGCAAAGUGAUGCUGUUGCGGCAAUCGAGAGCUUUUCAGAAGCAUUGAAAUUCAGUGCUGGUACUCCAGACGAGAUUGGGCCAAAUGGCCAUUUUGCGCCGUUAUGGGGUGUCAUAUGCUUAGCUAUGGGGGUGGAUCUUCGUCAAGCAGCCUAUGUUUUCGUCUUGAACCAUGCGAAGGCCGUUCUUAGUGCGGCGGUUCGGGCUUCGGUGAUGGGGCCUUAUCAGGCACAAGGCGUUCUUGCUAGCGAAAGCCUACAGAAGAUGAUCGUCGAACGUAUAGAGCGGGAAUGGGAUACUGAGCCUGAAAAUGCAGGCCAAGUCGUCCCAGUCCUUGAUCUGUGGAUAGGAAGACACGAGCUUCUUUACAGCAGGAUCUUCAACUCGUGAUACGAAUUAUCAAAAGGGAUCUACUCUCGACAUGAACACGAAAGAAGGUUUAUCAGAAAAACAUGACGCAUGAGUAUCAUUCGUCUUUAUCAUCCAGAUCGGUUAGCUAUUCCUACAACCUGCAACAGUCACAGACAUACGCCCUGCCACCCCACCCAGGUGCCGCUCGA